AUGGUACGCAGCUCCACGCGCGACACACAUGAGCCGGAGCAGCCGCUUUGCGCGGCUACGGAAGCGACUAUGGCCGCUUGUUUGGACGUUCCCUGCUUUCCACGGCGUGAUGUCACAUUGGCGUCGGCGUGGGAACUACUAGUAGGUGUUGACGGAUGGACCGGCGUAUUCGAAUUAUCACUGCGCGGUGUUUUGCUGCGACACUCAGGGCAUAUUCCAACUCAUCUUGGUGUCAGAAGAGAGUCUCUCGAAUUCGGUGGGCGAAACACCAACGCACUGGCCAUGAUAAAAACGUAA